AUGUAUCUAAACUCUUUGAAGGAUCAGACUUCAAUGAGAGAAAUCCGCAUCGCUUUGGCGGCCUUCAAACAACAUAAUGGCCCACACGCCUUGGAACACGCGUACGAUCAAGCAGUUGAUAGAAUAGAAAGCCAGCCCCGGAACCUACACCAAAUUGCGACGAAAGUUAUAUGCUGGACCACCCGUGCGAUAGAGCCCCCCACCCUCUCUGAGCUCCAGCAUGAUCUCGCUGUGGAGCCUGGCGAUACUGACUCGACUUCUCUGGCUGGAGAGGAGCCGAUGGUUGUUCGUCUCAUACACUUCACAACCCAGGAGUACUUUCAGCGACCAAGCAAGAGUGUCCAAUCCUUUGGAGAUAUGAAAUCCUUUCUAUCUAGAGUUUGCGUCACUUACAUCUCUUUCAGCGCCUUUUCAAACAUUGAAACUUCCAAGAUCUGGGAAUUCUCUGAUUUGAUCAAACGAUAUCCGCUACUUCCUUAUGCCUCGACCGCCUGGGGCAUACAUGCUGCGCACGAUGCGCAGCUCAGUGAUGAGGUUGCUGAAUUCCUCCCAGAUGAAUCUAAGUUGGAGAUUAUAGAACGCAUGACGUACAAAUAUAAAGCACCAUUCCCGCCGAGUGACGGCAACGGCCUGCAUUGUGCUGCGUUUUAUGACAUACUAGGCGCGAUCGAUACAUUUUGCGGUGCAAACACGAACGAGCUCGAUUCCCAUCGACAGACACCUUUAUACUAUGCUUGUCAAGGGGGACAUACCUCCGUGGUUCAGCGCCUUCUUCAAUAUGGCGCAAAUACAUGCCAAUCCAGCCAGAUGAACUCUCCAUUGCACGCCGCUGCUCAGGCAGGAGAUCUCAUUGGAGCCACUCUACGCAAAGCGUUCGACAACACUAAUGUAUCCACAUAUUUCUGGAUGACGCCUUUGUUUCUGGCAUCUACCUUGGGUUUCACUGGUAUGGCAGAAUUAUUGAUAAGCUACGGGGCGAAUCUCGACACCCAAAGCCCCGAUGGACAGACUGCGAUGACCAUUGCGUCCAAAACCGGGCUUGAAGAUAUGAUCAAGUUGUUGAUUGCCGCAAAGUCAGUAAAUGGAUCUGGAACAAGCGCGCAGAUCAAGAACGACAGAUAA